CCGCCGGAAGUGACCAUGGCGGCGCCCUACCGCCGUCUCCUCCUCCUCCGCCGCCUCUCCAUCUAUCUCCCAAUCCCCCACCUCGCCCCGCACCCCCAGCCCGCCCCGCUGCUCUCUCCCGCCCGCCACUUCGCCUUCUCCUCCGCGGAGGAGGCCGCGGCCGAGCGCCGCCGCCGCAAGCGCCGCCUCCGCAUCGAGCCGCCGCUGCACGCCCUCCGCCGCGACCCCUCCAACCCGCCGCCCCCGCGCGACCCCAACGCGCCCCGCCUCCCCGACACCACCUCCUCCCUGGUCGGCCCGCGCCUCAGCCUCCACAACCGCGUGCAGGCCCUCAUCCGCUCCGGCGACCUCGACGGCGCCGCCGCCGCCUCCCGCGCGGCCGUCUCCUCGCGCGUCCGCCCCACCGUCUUCACCUGCAACGCGGUCGCCGCCUCCAUGGUCCGCGCAGGCCGGCCCGACGACGCCGUCGCCCUCUUCGCCUUCUUCUUCCGCCGCUCCAACAUCGUCCCCAACGUCGUCUCCUACAACACCCUCAUCCUCGCCCACUGCGACGCCGCCCGCGUCGACGACGCGCUCCAGGCAUACCAGGAGAUGCUGGACGGCCUCACCUCCUUCUCCCCCUCCACGGUCUCCUACCGCCACCUCACCAAGGGCCUCGUCGCCGCCGGCCGCGUCCAGGACGCCCUCGACCUCCUCCGUGACAUGCUCAACCGCGGCCAGGGCGCCGACUCCAUCGUCUACAAGAACCUCAUCGACGGCUACGUCGCCCUCGACGACUGGGACAAGGCCUUCCAGCUCUUCGACGAGCUCCGGGAGAAGGCCACCGUCUAUGACGGCGUCGUGCACACCAGCUUCAUGGAGGGCUACUGGAAGAAAGGCAUGGACAAGGAGGCCAUGGACAGCUACAGCUCCCUUCUGGACAAGAAGUUCAAGAUGACGCCGGCCACCUGCAACGUGCUGCUCCAGACACUCUUCAGCCACGACAAGCACAAGGAGGCACACGACCUGUGGGAGACCAUGGUCGACAACCACAACCCGCCCAGCUUCAUCGGCGUCAACAGCGAGUCCUACACUGUCAUGGUCAACCAGUGCUUCAAGGAGGGCAGGUUCCAGGACGCCAUCGAGGUGUUCCACAGACAGCCGAGGAAGAGUGUGCAGAUGGACGUCGCCUGCUUCAACAACAUCAUCGGGAAGCUCUGCGAGAACGGGAUGCUAGCAGAGGCGGAGCAGCUCUUCGAGGAGAUGGAGAGCAAGUCAGUGCUUCCAGAUGUGUACACCUACACUUACCUGGUCGACUCGUGCUUCAAGGAUGGCCGUGUGGAUGACACCAUGCAGUAUUUCCACAAAAUGGCGGACGGGAGGGAGCACGGGCCAAAGUUCAAUAUCGCUUUCUUCAAUCGGAUGUUUCAAGGGCUUACAGAAGCUGGCCGGAUUGAUGAUGCCUUGAAGGUGUAUGGAAGGAUGCCUGACAAGGAGAUUAAGCCGUCCACGGCCACCUUUGAGAUCCUGGUUAAGGCGUCCUGCAAGGAAGGGGAAUUGGAUAGAGCACGAGACCUGGUGAGGGACAUGGCCAGAGGCGGUGUUGUCGCUCCUCCUGAGUUCCGUGAGUGUAUUGUUGAGAUUUUCAAGACUGCUGAUCGCCAGGAAGAGAUCGAGCAAGCUUUUGAUGAAAAGCCAGUGCCACCACCUCCUUCGCCAAGGCCAGAGUAUCGCCCUCGGAGUCUACCUGGAUUUGCAUCUAAUCAGACGCCGGGUAGCUACGCACCUAACCAAGGCAAACUGGGCUAUGGUUCUCAACCAUUUCAUCAUGGCAAUGCUGUACCUCAAAUCCUGCGACCUGAGGGGAUGUCUUCUGAACCCCGUCAGCCUGCGUUUGGAAGCCAGCAAGUUCAGAAAACAGAAGUUGGUGCUUCUAAUACAUCACAAUAUGGGCUUCCUUCUCCUCAAGGAUCACCACCUGGGACGUCCCUGCCUCAAGGUCAUCUGCCGGAGUUUGGUUCCUCUCGUCCUUGGCAGCAAGCAGUCGGUGCUUCUCAAGUGCAACAACCUAAAUUUAGCUCGGAUUCACCGGUGCAGUCUGGAUUUGGUACCCCUCAACCGCAACAAUCAACGCAUAUCUCUCAUCAGACUCAACAUGCCGGGUUUGGCACACCUCGUCCAUGGCAGACAGGGUUUGGCUCUCAGCAAGCGCAGCAGCCCGGGUAUGGCUCUCAGCAAGCGCAGCAGCCAGGGUAUGGCUCUCAGCAAGCGCAGCAGCCUGGAUAUGGCUCUCAGCAAGCGCAGCAGCCAGGGUAUGGCUCUCAGCAAGCGCAGCAGCCAGGGUAUGGCUCUCAGCAAGCGCAACAGCCAGGAUAUGGCUCUCAGCAAGCGCAACAAACAGGGUAUGGCUCUCAGCAAACGCAGCAGCCAGGUUAUGGCUCUCAGCAAGGGCAGCAGCCAGGGUAUGGCUCGCACCAAGCGCAACAGACUGGAUAUGGCCCGCAUCAAGCGCAACAGCCUGGGUAUAGCUACCAAGCCCAACAGCCAAGGUAUGGCGCUCACCAAGCGGAACAGCCAGGAUAUGGUGCUUAUCAAGCGCAACAGCCUGGGUACGGCGCUCAUCAAGCACGACAGCCUGGGUAUGGUGCACCUCAGACAUCACAGCCACCUUUUGGUCUUCCUGAAGCACCACAAUCUGGCUUUCGCAGUGCUCGGACUCUACCAAGCUAUGGCCAUAUAGGAAAUCAGCAUGAUCAGUUUGGAUCUCCUCCUCAGGGCAGACAAAAGGUUGACACUCAGCCAGCGCAGGACUCUGGUGCUCCUGAAGCACCACAAUCUGGUUCGGGCAUUGCUCAGAGCUUGCCAAACAGUGGCCACAUUGGAAAUCAACAUGAUCAGUUUGGAUCGGGUGGAAUAAAAUUUAGCACCCAGUCACCUCAGGAGGACUUUGGUACUCAGGCAUCAGAUGAAGUGGCUGUCAAGUACGCUGAGCGAUACUAAAAUGGCAACCUUGUCCUCCAAAUCAAACAUGGCCUAAUUUGAGGAGCAGGGCAUUGUGAAACAAUUCUGUCGUCUUUGUUUGGAGCAAGGUGCUACAUGGAUGCAAAUGUCUGUUAGCCGAUCAAGAACAGCCGGAGUUAGGCGAUCAAAUGGGUUUGGCUGUAGUAAUUUUGAGUACCAUUAUUUGCCUCAGUUACAUUCGGCUAACUUUGGUCUAGUAUAGGCUUGUAAUAAUUAGGCAUGAUAAAUCACAUGCACUAUGAGUUGAUCUACUCGAAUAGGAUUGGAGGGCAACAUAAUUAAUUGCUGAUCCUAAUGCCCUUUAUUUAGUGGAACGGUUUAUGGAAAUGUAAUGAACAACUCAGUAAGACCAAAUUUUGUUUAUCUUAAUCAGGCAGAUUCAUCAGUAA